UGUGGAGUCACAGCCUUAUGGCGCUGCAAGGGGAAGGGGGAGCAGCCACUCGCCCGCACCGAGCUGAACACUAAUAUGGGAUUUCCCGGUGUGGACGUGGGAGGCAAUGUGAACUUCGAGCAAACACUUCUCUGACCUCCUGAUUGGCGUUCUGACCAGGUAAGGCUGGACUCCGACAGUCUGUAGGAGGUUUCCACUUUAUUUAACUGAAAAGAACUGGAGUGCAAAGAUGCCAAUCAUGGAGAAAAAGACGGCCAGAGACAGCGAAGUGCUCCCAAAGGUGCCCGUGCCGCCGCUGAAACAAACCCUUGACACGUACCUGAAGUGCGUCCAGCACCUGGUGAAGGACGAGCAGUUUAAGAAGACGAAGGCAACCGUGGAGAAGUUUGGUGCUCCUGGAGGAGUCGGGGAGAUUCUGCAGAAGAAGCUUCUAGAGAGAAGCGACAAGACGAACAACUGGGUGUAUGAGUACUGGCUUGAGGACAUGUACCUAAACAACAGGUUGGCUCUACCUGUUAACUCCAGUCCCGUCAUGGUGUUUCCUCAGCAGACGUUUAGAGAUCACAAAGAUGCUCUCAGAUUUGCUGCUCGUCUCAUCCAAGGAGUGUUGGACUAUAAGGCUCUCAUUGAUGCGCGUGCCCUACCGGUGGAUUUUGCUCGAGGCCAGCUUGCCGGGACCCCGCUGUGCAUGGAGCAGUACUACCGCCUCUUCACCUCGUACCGCUACCCGGGUCUGAAGACAGACACGCUGAAGGUCCACAUGAACGCAGCCUCCUCAACGCCAGAGCACAUCAUUGUGGCAUGCAAGAAUCAGUUUUUUGUGCUGGAUGUUGCCCCAAACAACAAGCAGCUCAAUGAGACAGAGAUCUUUUCCCAACUGGAGAAAAUCAUGAAAAUGGCAGAAAACGCUGAAGAGAGACUCCCUCCUCUUGGUGUCCUGACUUCUGAUGGAAGAACCGAAUGGGCUCAAGCCAGAGAUGUUCUCACAAAAGAUCAAACCAACAGGGACUCUCUGGCCCUGAUGGAGAGCUGUGUGUGUGUGGUGUGUCUGGACGAGCCCUGUGGUCUCCAGCCGAGGGACACCAACAGGGCUCUGAUGAUGCUGCACGGCGGCGGGCGUGAGAAGAACGGGGCCAACCGCUGGUAUGACAAGUCAAUGCAGUUUGUUGUAGGAAUGGACGGGUUUUGUGGAGUUGUGUGUGAUCAUUCCCCAUUUGAAGGAAUAGUUCUGGUGCAGUGCUCUGAAUACGUGAUGAAAUACAUAACAGGGAGUCCCACCAAGACAGCAAAGGCGUCCACCGUCAGAGAGCUUCUUCCUCCAAGAAAGCUGCUCUGGAAAUGUAACGCACACAUCCAUGGACUGCUAACAUCCUCUGGAGACAGACUUCAGAAGCUGGUGGAUAAUCUCGACAUGGAUGUUUUCAAGUUCAAGGCUUACGGGAAAGAAUUCAUCAAGAAGCAGAAGAUGAGUCCAGAUGCGUUCAUACAAGUCGCCUUGCAGCUUGCAUUUUUCAAAUGCACUGGGAGGCUCGUGUCCACUUAUGAGAGCGCGUCCAUUCGGCGUUUCCAAGAGGGUCGGGUUGAUAACAUUCGCUCAGCCACCCCCGAAGCCCUGGCUUUUGUUAAGUCCAUGACAGAUGAGAGGGUCACUUACACGGAUUCAGAAAAAAGUAAGCGACUAAGGGAUGCAAUCAACGCCCAGACAAGUUAUACAAUUGCAGCUAUUACAGGAAUGGCAAUAGACAAUCAUCUCCUUGGACUUCUGAGGAUCUCAAAGGAGCUCAAGAUGGAGAAACCAGAGAUUUUCUGUGAUGAGACGUAUGUGUCCAGUAACCACUUCAUCCUCUCUACCAGUCAGGUGCCCACCACAGUUGAAAUGUUCUGCUGCUACGGCCCGGUUGUACCCAACGGCUACGGCGCCUGUUACAACCCGCAGUCGGACCACAUUCUGUUCUGUGUGUCCAGUUUCUGGGAAAACACGGAGACCAGCUCUGCUGUUUUCGUCAAAGCCCUGAACGAGGGCCUGCUGGAAAUCAGGGAUCUGUGCAAUAGAAGCUGUGCUGCUGCUGCUGCUGCUGCUAGCAAACCAGCUGAUAGCGGCCAGGGAGCUAGCCAGCCUAAAAAAUCAGGGAAGUAAGCCAUACUGAGAGGGAAAGCCCUCAGCUGCUCCACUUCACACUCUUUAGACUUAGACACAUCAGCUUUAGACUCAGUGGUCGAGAUUGCUUUGUGUGUCUCUGUUGUCUGUGCAAUAGUGUUUAUUAAAUGACUAAAUGCAAAGCCUUAAACGUUCAUAUGUAAAUAUCAAAAACUGUGAAUGAACACUAGAAAACUCUACAUUUAUUUUGGAUGUGUGUAGACACCAGAAUGAUUUGGGGUCCAACAGUGACUCUACUUGACCCAGUAGACUGAGAUUAACUGGUCUGCUGCCUUUAGGAAACUGAAGCCAUGCCUGCUUUGUAGCACUGAUGUGAGGAGCAACUCCUUUAAAUCAGAGUGUGAAUCAACUGAGUGACGUUCAUGUAGAACUUACACGUGUAGAUUAGUAACAGAAACCUUUAAAACAAAUAUGAGCUUAAGUGUAUUAAUGUGACUCACAACAAUCAUGACACCGUGUAAAUGUUAUCCUGCAAACCUAUCCACUGAAUGUGUGUGUGUGUGUGUGUGUGUGUGUGUGUGUGCGUGCCAUGCUGACAACACACUGGAUCAUGCACAGUUUAACAUCUAUUUCAACAUGCAAAAGUGUUUUUUGUUUCGUUUAUUUUGCAUCUACUGACAUUGUAAGGUUGCCAAAGAGGUUGUCCGUAGAUGAAAUCUGUCUGUGUAGGCACUUUAUGAUAUUUCUUUAAAGAGUAGAAUGGAUACAUGUUAAUGUGGCUAUAUAGUGUGUGCAGAGGGGCACAUUAGACAUACACAAGUAGUACUGUAUGUUUGUGUUCUAUAAAAUAAUAGCAAUAGUAAAAAAGAAAAUGUAAUGAACAGUGCAAUUUUGAAGUAAGUUACUAGUGGUGACUGAGGCAUACCACUGUGUUCUUGUGUAUAUAAGUGCUUUUUACUUGCACUUAGAGGUAGAAUAAGGGUACUGUAUGGAUGUAUCGUACACUUUGUGCAAUAAUAAUAUAAAAGCAAGUGCAGUGAGGGUAUAUGUGCAAUUAGCCAAAUCAGUUUAUCAGAUGCAUGAAGCUUAUAUAUGGUCGCAUUGGUUGCUAUUUUUGA